UGCAUCUACACACAUCCAUACGGGUGUACCACAGAUAUUGCUCUAAAGAACACCAGUUCUUCAUUCUCACUUGCUCUUACCCGUUUCUUUUAUAUCAACAGGUUCAACAAACUGGCGCCAAUGUUCAUUGAUCCAAAUUACAAACGAUUCUACAAGAUUGGUGAUUACCCGCCUCCAUUUGGUGUGAGGUCCCAAGAAAAUCUCAUAGAUAUUCUUCUGUCAGCCACUCAGAACUACGGCCUUGGGGAGGAUCUUGACAGUUUGGAUUGUAAGACUCUCAGCACUGAUGGGUUCUGGAAGUCGGUGGCCAAGAGCGUUCCAAGGGAGGCCAGCGACAUGCGCAUCCUGAACCCCUACUUCAUCCAGGAGGCCUCCUUCAAGCUGAUUGGCUUACCUCACAACCACGGACAGAUGGGCCGAGGGAAUAUACCAACCCUGGGGACAGUUGCCAUAACGAUGGCCCUUCACAACUGUGAUGAGGUAGCCGUGGCUGGAUUUGGCUACAACAUGAGCACCCCCCACGCCCCUCUGCAUUACUAUGAGAAGAUCAGGAUGUCAGCUAUCAAAGAGUCCUGGACUCACAACAUAUCGAAAGAGAAGGAGUUCCUGCUGAAGCUGGUGAAGGCUGGAGUCAUCCAGGACAGGACCAACGGGAUCUGUGGAGCAGGAUGCUGAUGCUCUCAUCUGCAAGACUUGUGAAUGCAGCGCACCUCUACCUGCUCUGUACCCUGAAGAGAGAAGGCUCUCAGCAGAGAGCAGCAGCUGUCACACUGUGGUCAGUGCAGAGAGACCAGAACACACUGUCCUGCUGCUGUAUUGAAAUAUUUCAAGCAAUAUGCCUCUGUUUCAAGCUCCUCUUAGCCGCAGGUUAGUGCAUAUUUACUGGAAUGUGGUGCCCCGGCUCAGGUAUAUCUUCCGUUUUGGGGACCAGCACCUAGAUCUGCUGCAGGCUGAGGAGACGAGGAUAGGAUGAAGAGAUGUUGGGUUCAAAACAUUGAGCAUGUGCCAAGUAUAACUCUACAAGUGUCCUUCUGCUCACAGAUCUGAAUGUAAGUUGCAUUAAACAUAUAGUCGCAUAUUUAUCCUCCAGUUUCAGUCGACUCAACCGUCCUGGACCAUGUGUCAGAGCGACGUGGCAAUCAUUUCAUUGAGUCGCUCAGAUUUAGCAUGAGGCUAAUAAGCUGCCUUUUUUCACGAACAUCACAUUCCCUCCACAGACGCUGAAGAGUUACGUGAUGUUUGUUCUUUAGCAAUAUACUGCAAUCCCUACAGACUCAGCCUGACAUUAAGCUUCCAUUUCUGAAGAGGGAAAUUCACUUGUGAAUGUAAACAAAGGUGCAAUCGAACUACGCUAAUAUUUAUAAUAUGAUGCUUAUCAUGUGUUACUGAUUUAACCUUUUAAACACUAUGGAAGUGUGUAAUCAACUGUUACAUUGUGUUUUCGUUCCUUAUAUCAAUAAUGGCUACUCUACAGAGAUAUAAACAUAAUCGAUAUGCGCUUUCACACCGCAGUACUUUUCCCAUUUUAGUUCCGAUAUAGUUCCGAAAUGUCGCAUUCACACCAAAAAAA